AUGAGAAAAGUGCCCCGCUCUGACGCAGCCGUCAUAGUCCUGGUGUCCUUGGUCACGGUCGUGAAGGAUCUGGCAAUGGCCGUCGUUGCCGGCACAAUUCUCUCCGCUUUGGCCUUCUCCUGGCAGCAGAGUACCAACCUGAGGGCUGAGACAGAGGUCCAGGGCGGCUGGAAGACGUAUCGACUCCGGGGCCUGCUCUUCUUCGGGAGUACGCAGCAGUUCUCAGAUGUCUUCGCAGUGCAGGAGGAUCCGGACGACGUCAUACUUGAUUUCGCCGAGUCGAGGGUCUUGGAUCAUUCCGCCCUUGAGGCAAUAAACUCGCUGGCUGCCUCCUAUGGCGAGCUGGGAAAGAGGCUCCACCUUCGGCACCUAAGUUCCGAUUGCGCGGGUCUUCUGGAGCGGCUAAACGGAACAAUGCCACCCUACGAAAUUGUCGAGCCUGAUCCAAAGACAGAUCCGAUCUAUGAAGUCGCGGAGGACAACAAGUUUUACAAAGACUUGGCGGCACCGACCUCACCAACCGAAGAGCCACCACAGGUAGAGGAAGAAGAUGUUGAAGCGACCAAGAACGCGGACAACGAUUCAAAAAAGACAACCCCGGCCCCAACAGACUCCAAAGCAUUUGUCGUCUUCGGAGCCUUGAGUGCUGGGCCAUGGCCGACAGCGAUGGGACUCGACGAGGAGAGCCCGUCCGACGACAGCCGCGAGCUUAUCGGGCUUCUCGUUAAUGCCAUGGGGCGACGGAAGGAAGCCAAGGCUUCAAAGCCCAAUCGUCGCAUCACGAAGAAAACUUCUCCGAAGAAGGUUGCAAAAGCAAAGAAGAAGAAGGACAAGAGCAAAAAGGAAGGAGGCAAUGCCAAAAGUGCUUAUCAGUACUUCCUGACAAGCCAGCGGAAAGACGUGCUGUCACGCGCCGGCAUCGAAGACACGCCUCUGAACUUCGAGAGAAGUGCCAAGGCAGUGGCUGAAGCCUGGCAUGGACUCAGCAAAAUUCAGCGCGAGCCCUUCGAUCGCUGCGCUGCACUCGACCGGUCCAGGCGUGACCUGGGAAAGAUGAAGGGUGCCAAGCUCAAAGGUGACAGUGAGCUGACGGGCCUGGUGAAGGCAGCGGUAGAGGCUCUGGCACAGACACCCUCUGCUGACAGCUGCUCAGCCGGACGCAAGGCGGCUGAGGACGUCGUGGCAUCCAUGGAAGCCUUGGAUUCCAGGCUUUGUAAUGCUGGCCGGGCGGCUGCUGCCGCCGGCCUGCGCAAUGGUGCAAGUGGUGUGAUGCUGGCUGCUGGGGCUGUGGGCCCUGCAGUCGGAGGUCGACUCACAGCCAUCAUCCGGAAGUGGUCCUCCGCUCCGGCCCCGAAGCGGAAAGCGCCAAAGGAAGCGCAGCAGCCCCCACCGAAGUCUAUGGCUUCGCAGGCCUCGCCUGGGCCUGGCAGUUGUGACGGCAGCUUGGAAUGCGACUAUUUGCGCAGCCGCGUCGUGGGGAUGUUGAUGCGCACUGCAGGCCAGAAGUUGGGCCAAGCGCACUUAGAGACCUGUCGGCGGAUCGAAGCAUCUUUGUACGAGAAGUUUGGGCAGAACCUGAAGGAAUAUCGGCAGCGGGCACGCAGCUUGAGCGUAAACCUCGGCAAGGCAGAGAGCCGCUUGCUUGAGAAGGUUUGCCAGGGGUCGCUGCAGCCCUCGGAACUGGCUGGCUUGACAGGUGAAGACCUGGCACCAGAGGCUGUCCGGAUCGCCCGAGAGAUGGAGCGCCAGAGACACUUCCGUGAAGAGGUCCACCUGACAGCGGCGCAUCCCAAGACGAAGCAUGAGCUUUACGCUCGCCGGCGCGACAGUGACGAAAAGUUGGCCACACCAGGCGCCGCUGCACCCCAGGAGGCAUCAACUUCGGAGGCUAUGGUUCUUAUGGACGACGAGUCAUCCUCCAGUUCCAGUUCCAGUUCUUCCUCUGACUCAGACUCAGAUAGCGAUCCCCUGGAAUGCAGGAAUCACAACCUGCGACCAGCAUCCCCGCGCGUCAAAAUCAACCGGAUGGAGCUCCGCUUGUGGCUGCUGGGCCUUCCGCUGCACCGCGUUUGCGCCGAGAGUCUGAGCCAGCUCUUCCUGCUGGCGAGCAUUGUCUUGUCCUGCAGCGUUUGCCUGGCGGGCCUCCAAGAGCGCGUGCUGUAUGUUCCCGGCUUCCGGUACACAGGAUGGCUGGCACUUAUCACCUCCGUUUCAUACACCGGCUUCUCCCUUGUCGAACGACGCUGCGAAGCCGACAGGCAACUUCACGGUUCCGCCAAUGACUACUUGAAGCUGUCAUUGCUGACCAUGGGCGGGAUGUACUGCACGAAUUUCAGUCUACACUAUCUCAGUUAUCCUCUCCGGGUUGUGUUCAAAUCGAGCAAGCUCAUCCCUGUUAUGGUGCUGAGCGUGCUGUACCUGAAGAAGCGGUACACCGUCUCUCAAUAUAUGGCCGUGGUUCUGCUGACGGCAGGCGUCAUUGUCUUUACGUUGGGGGAUGCGAAAGGCAAAGCUCUUUUCGACCCUGUUGGCAUCGUUUUCAUUUGCGUUGGUUCCUUGGCUGAUGCGAUGGCUGCCAGCUAUGAGGAAAAGCGUUUCUUCGUCCAGAUGGGCUGUUCGGCAAACGAGGUGGUACUCUUCAGCAACCUUUUGGGCAGUGUGUGGGCCGUGAUCGCUUCACUGCUCACGGGGGAGCUGCUUUCUGCUGUACGUCACUCUGCGGACCAUUGGGAGACAGUGCCAAUGAUUGUUUUCGCCUCCCUCUUUGGCUACGUGGCGCAGAGCGGAGUUCUGCUGCUCAUCAAGCACUUUGGGGCCACGGUCUCGGAGAUUGUCAAGAGCUGCCGAAAAGUGACGACCAUCUGCGUGUCGUUUCUCGUCUUCGGGAAGCCGUGGAACGGCUACCACAUGGCCGGGCUUCUGUUGUUUGUUUGCUCCGUCUCCGCCGAGCGCUUCGGCGUGGGCGGCUCCUCGAGGCGCUUCGCCGUGCUGCUCUUGACCAGCUCCUCUUUCAUCGUCCUGCGCUUUCUGGCUGGUGGUUUUGGGCCUUCGGCCUUCAGUGUGGUGAUCGAUGCGGGCUCGGCCGGCACACGGCUGAAUGUCUUCCGCUUCGAUGCUUGGACCAUGAAGCUCCUCGACAUCGACGGCCGAGCUCAGGUCUUUCUGGAGGAAGAGCCUGGCAUCAGCGAUCUGUUUGAGAAUGCCAGCGCUUUGCAGCAGCAGAUGGAAAGGCUGUUGGAUGCAGCGGUGGCAGCGGUGCCGCACGCACAAAGAGGCGUGACACCACUGUCUGUACGCGCGACGACCUCCCUUGAGCAACUGGACAUGGACCAGGUCCAAGACCUCAUGGAAGGGAUGAAGCACAUUGUGUCCCAUGCUGGCUUCAAGGACGGUGGCGUACAAGCCAUGUCUGGGGAUGCAGAGGCAGCCGCCGAGUGGCUCACGGUGAACAUGCUCAUGAGUGUCUUCAAGCCUGGCAUGCAAGGGGUCCGAGAUCCGGUGGCCGUGAUGGACCUUGGGGGGGCGACCCUGCAGAUGGCCUACUACCUGGCAGAUCACGACGUCUCCAGGGCGAAACGGCAGCUGCUGGACGCCUACAUCCAGAGAAUCAACUUGCCUUUCGGAAGUGGAAAUGUCCACGUCUACAGGCACAGCUACAUCGGCUAUGGGUUGAUCACUGCCAAAGUGAAGAGCUUCAAAUACGCUGAGAAGGCUGGGUUUGCACUGGAAAGACAUCCUUGCCUGCCCCAUGCUGCCCAAGCAUCCAUGCGUGAUUAUCGCACGCAGCUCGAAGCCAAAGGAGCUCUCGAUAAGCCGGCGUGCAUCGAAUUAGUUGACUACCUUCUGCGAAAAGAUCUUCCAUGCUUGCAAGAGCCGGGGCGCAAGGAGCAGUUUCUGGGAAGAGCUAGCAACCCCGCCUUCGGCAACUGCAGCUUUGCCGGAGUCUGGGCUGGCCCGGGCACAGGUUCACAGCGCGUGGUCCUGAAGUCUUAUUUCUAUGACCGGAUGCGUGAUGCAUCCGUCAUCGCCCCUGGCGUCCUCUCGGCACCGGUUCAGGCCGGCACUUUCGCCGCGCAAGCAGAUCGUGCAUGCUCGGCCGCAGCCCAGUCAAUCGAAGCGUUGGCGCAAGAGUUCCCCGGCCUCUCAAAGGAGCGGCUGAUCUGGCUCUGCUUCGACUUGACAUUCCAGGCCCGCAUCCUCCUCAACGGCUUGGGCUUCCCAGAGGCCAAAGAGCUUUUGGUGGUCAAGAAGCUCCUGCACAACGACUUGCAGAUCGAAGCUUCUUGGGCUCUUGGGCAUGCUAUGAGCCAGCUCAUCAGCCGUGAGCUACCCGCCUAA